CGGGGCUCCUCAUAGUCACGGGCCGGGCCGCCCGCGUCGCCGUCCUCCCCUCCGCUGAUGGGCGCGGCCGGCAGGGUCACCGGCUCGCGCUGUCCUUGCGGACGCCGUGCGGUCGGCGCAGAGCCGAGGCGCGCUUGAGAGCGAACGGCCGUGUAGAGAGGAGAGCGGAGGCGGUGGGCGCCCCAGCAUGUUGUGUCGGGCGGCGUGCAGCGCGGGCCGGAGGCUGGCCCCGGCGGCGGCGAGUGCCGCGGGCUGCCGCCGGCACAAGCACAGCCUUCCCGACCUGCCUUACGACUACGGCGCGCUGGAGCCGCACAUCAACGCGCAGAUCAUGCAGCUGCACCACAGCAAGCACCACGCGGCCUACGUGAACAACCUGAACGUCACCGAGGAGAAGUACCGCGAGGCCCUGGCCAAGGGAGAUGUUACCACUCAGGUUGCUCUUCAGCCUGCACUGAAGUUCAAUGGUGGGGGACAUAUUAAUCAUAGCAUUUUCUGGACAAACCUGAGCCCUAAUGGAGGUGGAGAACCCAAAGGAGAGUUGCUGGAGGCUAUCAAACGUGACUUUGGGUCUUUUGAGAAGUUCAAGGAGAAGUUGACAGCUGUGUCUGUUGGAGUUCAAGGUUCAGGCUGGGGCUGGCUUGGCUUUAAUAAGGAGCAGGGUCGCUUACAGAUUGCUGCCUGCUCUAACCAGGACCCAUUGCAAGGAACCACAGGCCUUAUUCCAUUGCUGGGGAUUGACGUGUGGGAACAUGCUUAUUACCUUCAGUAUAAAAACGUCAGACCUGAUUAUCUAAAAGCCAUUUGGAAUGUGAUCAACUGGGAGAAUGUCACUGAAAGAUACACAGCUUGCAAGAAGUAAAGCCUUAUCGCCAUAUUGAGUAUGUUAAGCCCUAUUUUUGUAGUAGUAUAGAGUACUGCAGUAACUAUGACUGCUUUAUUGUAACAUUUAUUGAUGUGCAUCCACAUAUUUGAUGAACAUAGUGUUAUAAUUUCUUACUUUUAAUUAAAUUUAUUAUUAGGCAACUGUUUGAGAACAGUGUAUACUCUGUGUGAAUUACUCUUGAUUGACAUUUUCAUCAAAGCCUUGUUGCUAGGAUGCUAUAACUGUCAUUAUAAGACCAUCAGAAAUAUUCCUUCUCUGUUUUGGGGGCCUGUGGGGAGAGUCUAGAAUCCUGUUCUACUGCAAUUAGAAAAAAAUCGAGUUUAUUUUUUGUUUUUUCCUGAGUUGUUAAUAAAACAGAGAACUGAAUA